AUGUUAAGAUCAUCUGCGAGCCGUUUGAACACGUCUGAUUCCUCAAACGGAAACAAUAAUGAUGCUACUUCAAGUAUUGCGCCCGCGAAACCCAAGUUUGGGAGCCGAUGGGGUCCUAAAACAGCUACUAAGCCGGCCGGUUUAAGUGCCGCAGAGCAAGCUAUGCGCAAUAGUAUUGUCGCCAGCAACCCACCGCCGCCACCACCGCAACCUGAACAACAACCAGAGUCGCAACCGCAGCGACGAUACAACGAUCGACCAAACCCGCUUCAGAACUCAAGGCGGAGACGCGACUCCCGGGGCCCGCGGUCAGCUUCGAAGUCGGCAGGCUUGAGCGCCGAAGAGCAAGCUGUGCGCGAUACUUUUGGCAGCAGCAGCACAACUACUCAGGAGGGAGGCUCUUCUCGAUUAGACACAUUCCAGAGUUCCCGAUUCAAGCGCGAUGCAGACGCCUGGGGCGCUCGGACGGCUUCGAAAACAGCAGGUUUGAGUGCCACAGAGCAGGCUAUGCGUGAUACUCUGGUUGCCGAACACAACGUACCAUCACCGCCACCUCCGCAGUCACGACAGGCGCGGCGACACGAUCGAUCAAACCCAUUCCACAACUCGAGGCCAAGGCGCGAUCGCGAUGCGGAUAUCUGGGGCAGUCGGGAUCCUGCCGACGCCUGCAGUUCGACGCCCUCGGAAGCAAUGCCGUUCGGUCGAGAGCGGUGGCAUGAUGGAGUCCAGGGUAGGAAUAAUCGGGACAGGGCCGCUAAUGACUGGAACUGUCCCAAUUGCAUGGCGCAUGUCUUUGGCACAAAGAUGACAUGUCCAUUCUGCCGCACCGCUCGGCCGGGUGGUCUUAAAGCAAGGUUCCGAACAAUGAGAAACUAUGAAGAUUCCGCUCAAUCUCAAGGAAGACAACCUGCUCGAGGCCCCUCCGAGGACGCAAGAAAGUUCCAAGAGCUGGGCAAGUCAGUUUUGCCCGAUUUUGACCAAGGUCAGCCGGAGCAGUCCGAUCUGGAAGACUCCGCUCGCGCAGAAUCUCAACCGAAGGACAAGGAGGCCAUUCAGGCAGAGAAAGAACAGAAGGAAAAGGCUAAAAAAGAUCAAUGGUCCUGGGAUAUGUCUGCACUCGACCAGUUGGAAAACCUAGAGUCACAAGAGCAGGCGCAACCGCAGAAGGCUGUGAAGCGCCGUGAUGGACGCAAGGGCCGUCAAGCGGCACCCGAGGCAGCAGAAGAAUUCGACUCGGAAGAACGCCAGCGUCUUCGUGAAGAACGGAGGCGCCAGCAAAAAGAAAAGGCCGCCAAAAAGGCUGCGAAGAAGGCUGCCAAGGAUGCCCCAGCGCCUCUGUAUCUGCCUGAGUUUAUCAGCGUCAGCAACUUGGCUGAUGUGAUUGGUGUGCGGCCGGCGCAGUUUGUUGCACGCAUGGAGGACAUGGGAUUCGAAGACAUUACAUACAGAGACAUCCUCGAUGCAGAGACCGCUGGGCUGGUGGCUGCCGAGUUCAACUUCGAGGCCAUCUUCGAUACCGGCGCAGAUGAUCUAAAGGCUGCACCUCCGCCAGAGGAUUCAUCUGAUCUGCCAACUCGUCCUCCUGUGGUUACCAUCAUGGGCCAUGUUGAUCAUGGUAAAACCACCAUCUUGGAUUGGCUACGCAAGUCAUCGGUGGCAGCAUCCGAGCAUGGUGGUAUCACACAACAUAUUGGUGCAUUCUCUGUUAUGAUGCCUUCUGGAAAGGCUAUUACCUUCUUAGAUACUCCCGGUCACUCUGCGUUCUUGGAGAUGCGUCGCCGUGGUGCUGAUGUCACUGAUAUUGUGGUACUUGUUGUGGCUGCAGACGACAGUGUCAAGCCUCAAACCAUUGAGGCCAUCAAGCACGCCACCCAGGCCAAUGUUCCCAUCAUUGUCGCCAUGAGCAAGAUUGACAAGGAGGGCAAGAAUACCGACCGAGUCAAGGGCGAUCUUUCUGCCAAUGGUGUCCACGUGGAAGACUAUGGCGGUGAUGUUCAGGCUAUUGGUGUAAGCGGUAAGACUGGAGAAGGGAUGGUCGAGCUGGAAGAAGCCAUUGUGGCACUCUCAGAAAUGCUCGAUCACCGUGCGGACAUCAAUGGCAAUGCCGAGGGCUGGGUUCUCGAGGCCGCCACCAAGAGCCAUGGUCGUGUGGCCUCUGUUCUGAUUCGCCGUGGAACCUUGCGACCUGGCGAUGUCAUUGUUGCCGGAACCACGUGGGCACGUGUCCGGACUCUCCGCAACGAAGCCGGUAUGCCCAUCAGUGAAGCCACACCCGGAAUGCCGGUUGAGGUUGACGGCUGGAGAGACCAGCCUGGCGCUGGCACCGAGCUCCUUCAGGCUCCCACCGAACAGAAAGCCAAGGAGGUCGUAGAUCACCGGUUGAACAAGUCCGAUACCCAGAAGAUGGGUGAGGAUAUGGUUGCUAUCAACGAGAGUCGACGAGCACUUCUUGAGAAACGCAGGCUCGAGAAUGAAGAUGACGAACCAACUUCCAGACCCGAGGAACCAACCGGCCCCAAGGCCGUUCAUUUCAUCCUGAAGGCCGAUGUGGAUGGCUCAGCGGAAGCUGUGAUGAACUCCAUUGCUGCAGUUGGCAACAAUGAAGUCUACGCUAAUGUGCUUCGCUCGGGUGUGGGCCCUAUUAGCGAGUUCGAUAUCGAACACGCUGCCAGUGCAAAUGGGAAACUCAUCUCCUUCAACCAGCCCAUCGAGCCCAACAUCAUGCGUAUUGCAGAGAACGAGGGUGUUGAGAUUAUGGACCAUAACAUCAUAUACAAGUUGAUCGAUGAUGUCAAGGCCACUCUCAGCGAGCAGCUGCCCCCAUCGGUUACUACCCGUGUGACUGGAGAAGCGGAGGUUCAGCAAAUCUUCCAGAUCACUGUCAAGGGACGUGACAAGGCGACUAUUGCUGGAACUCGUGUGCGUAACGGUUUGAUCAACCGAGCCCGCAAGGUCAGGGUUAUCCGCGGCGAUGAAACCGUUUAUGAUGGCACGAUUGUUUCUCUGAAGAACGUUAAGAAGGACGUCACCGAGAUGCGCAAGGAUACAGAGUGCGGUAUCGGCUUUGAAGACUGGUCUGACUUUGCAGUGGGCGACCAUGUCCAAUGCUAUGAAGAGAUCUUUGAGAAGAGAUACCUUUGA